GCUCUGUUCAUAUAAGGAUACGUUACGAGUGUCAGGCCAACGUGUUUUGAGUGCGUUGCCCACUUGACACCAUCACCUUGACCAAACGCAAAGGCCAAACAGCAUCCUCCGAUCCAUCUGGCCGGGUCUCGCUUGCGCGGAUCUUCAAGCUGCUGCUGUACACACAGCCAACGCGGUCAGCUCUUCUCAUUGCCUCUCUAGCAAACACUCUUCUGCCUAUCAAACAGAGCUAUCGCUUUAGCUCGACUCUCAAGCCACACGGCGUCCCUCUUGCCAACAUGCCCGACGCAUCGACCAGUUCGAGCACUUUGCCGGGUGCAACAGCCAGCACCAAGGGCGGAAGCAAGGCGAAGAGUGCAGCUGCGCCCAAGCGCAUAGCCAUCGUAGGAGCUGGUGUUUCAGGUCUAGCAUCCGCCUAUUCCUUUUCCUUGGCAGCUGAAAAGUUCAAAGUGACGGUACUGGAAGCGGGUCCGUGCGUAGGUGGUUCAGCCUACUCGCAUCAAUUACCAGCUGCGCGCACCUCAAAGCCGGACGAAACUUCGCCCAACGGUGCUAACACAGGAAGCGCUUUGGACUUGGGCGCAGAGUACAUCAACGAAGGCGUGCAGGGCAUCUCUCCCGCUUUUCACAACACCUUCAAGGUGAUGGAGGAUGUGCUGGGUUUCAAGGCGCAGGAAGUCGGCCUGCAAAUCUCGUUUGGGAAGGGAGAGGAGGAGUUUUGGUCGAACCUUUACCCAAGCAAACUUGUCGAUCGCUUCAGGGAUGAUAUCAAAAAGUUUGGACGCGCACUGAAUACCAUCAAGACUUUUGAGCCCAUCUUUGCGCUCAUUCCCAUCAGCGCCACCAUGAAGAUCUUUCGCUUCUCACCCGAAUUUGGCGAGCGCAUGGUCUUUCCACUGGUAGCGCUCUUCUUUGGCACGGGAAACGAGACGAAGCACGUGUCUACUGCCAUCCUGGAACGCGUCUUCAAGGAUCCUUCGAUGCGCCUGUUUGAAUUCAGCGAGGAGUCGCUUUUGGCUUCUGUGCCUACUAUGAUGGCCUUUCCUGAAUUGGCGCGCAUGUAUGGCAAUUGGAGAAAAGUAAUCACGAGCACCGGCAAUGUAGAGGUCAAGACGGAUGCGCCGGUGAAGAGCGUUGUUAGGGGGACAAAGGAGGCGAAGCGCAAAGGAGGAAACGUCCUCGUCACUUAUCAAGAUGGCAAAGAUGGUCAAGAGGUGGAAGGCGUGUUUGAUGAAGUCAUCUUUGCUUGCGAUGCUGAUUCGGCACUCAAGAUUUUGAAGGCUGGCAACGGACCUUCGUGGAAGGAGAACAAGGUGCUGGGCAACGUGUACUACCUCGACGAUGUCAGCGUCACACAUACCGAUCUCGCGUACAUGGAGAAGCACUACGAAGUGCACUACACCGACAAGUACAAUGCCAAUCGCAAAGACGAAGAGUCGCAGAAAUCUUUCGACUUUGCGAAGAAGAAUUGGAAACCUCUUUAUUUGAUCAAGGAAUACAAGGAUGAUCCUGCGCUCAUCGAAAUGUCUUUUGACUUGACGGUAUAUCAACCGCAGUUCAAGCAAAUUCAACCGACGGGACUCGGAGCGCGCACGCAGCCUUCCGACGCACCUCCGCACGAGCGAUUGGGCAUUCCUUCAGGGCAGAAUGCGGCCACGGCCCCUCGUCCUUGGGCGACGGAAGAGCAACCGGAGCCUCCAAUCGAUCGACACGUCUUCCAGACCAUCUUCCUCAACAAGGCGGACAGCAAGCGCUGGACCAAGGAAGAGUUGGAUCCCGAAAAGGUGCUGUUUGAGAAGUGGUGGAAGCAGCAAAGUCAUCGAUGGCAGCAUUACGGAGGUACCGUGGCUUGGAUGUGGUCCAUCAAUGGCGCUAAUCACACCACCUAUGCUGGCGCUUGGACGCUCGUCAAUUGCCAAGAAGUGGGCAUCGUCAGCGGGUUUGCGGCGGCUUAUUCCCUCGGAGCUCCUUACCCUUUCAUCGAGGAUCAGGAGUCGGCUAGGUUGUUCAAGGGUUACCUCGCCCUAAUGCACGCUUCUAGAGCUCGUAAAGAGGAUAGAAGCGGAUGGUUCAUGUAGACUCUGUGCGCCCAAAAUCUCUCGAAAUCUUAGCUGAUCCUCAGCUUGGCUCGUUCGUCUCUUGGCCUGUUCGAUACCUCACCACACACGCAUGCAUCGUUGUAAGGAGCUAAAUACAC